AUGAUCUCGGCAUUCUUUGUGUUCAACCAGAAGGGUGAAGUUCUCAUCUCUCGACUCUAUCGCCCGGAUGUAAGACGAUCUAUUUCGGAUGUCUUUCGAAUCCAAGUCAUCUCCAGUAGCGAAGUCCGUUCACCCAUUGUCACCCUUGGCUCGACUAGCUUCUUCCAUGUCCGGGUGAACAACCUAUACCUCGUUGCUGUCACAAAGAACAAUGCCAACGCAGCGCUCGUCUUCGAAUUCUGCUACCGCGUCAUUUCGAUCUGUAAGUCGUAUUUCGGAAAGGUCGACGAGGAAUCUGUGAAGAACAACUUUGUCUUGAUUUACGAGCUGAUCGACGAAAUCAACGAUUUCGGAUACCCUCAAAACAGCGAAAUUGACACUUUGAAAACUUACAUCACUACGGAAAGCAUUGUUUCCUCUCAGAUAGCAGCAGAAGAGUCCACUAAGAUCACGACCCAAGCGACUGGAGCGACGAGUUGGAGGCGUGGAGAUGUCAAGUACAAGAAGAACGAAGCAUUUGUUGAUGUUGUGGAGACAGUCAACCUCAGUAUGAGUGCCAAAGGCACUGUUCUUCGAGCUGAUGUCGACGGCCAUAUCCUGAUGCGCGCAUAUUUAUCGGGGACGCCGGAAUGCAAAUUCGGUCUCAACGACAAACUCGUCAUAGACAAGAGCGAGCAUGGAUCCAUCGACGCUGUUGAAUUGGAUGACUGCCGGUUCCACCAAUGUGUGCGUCUGACAGAGUUCGACGAGACGCGCACCAUCAGUUUCGUUCCUCCAGACGGGGAGUUCGAACUCAUGACUUAUCGCGCGACAUCGAACGUCAAGCUACCCUUGAGAGUCAUCCCAACUGUGAAUGAGAUUGGAACAACCCAAGUUUCUUACGUGAUAACUAUCAAGACAAACUUCAACAACAAGUUAUCCGCUACGAACGUGGUUCUUCGAAUACCGACGCCUUUGAAUACCACAAGUGUCGACUGUAAAGUCCAAAAUGGUAAAGCAAAGUAUCAGCCGUCCGAGAAUGUUGUAAUUUGGAAGAUCCCGCGCAUACAAGGAGGACAGGAAUGUACAUUCACCGCGACUGCCGAUCUCACAAGUACGACGCGUAGACAAGUGUGGGCCCGCCCGCCCAUCGACGUCGACUUUCAGGUCCUGAUGUUUACAUCUUCUGGUUUAAUUGUGCGCUUCCUCAAGGUAUUCGAGAAGAGCAACUAUCACAGUAUCAAAUGGGUCAGAUACUUAACGAAGGCUAGUGGGUCGUAUCAGAUACGGUUUUGA